AUGAGCUCUUCGGGAAGCAAAAAGGUCAUCGCUUGUGUUGGAGCCGGUUAUGUAGGAGGCCCAACUAGUGCCGUACUAGCACUUCAAGUCCCUGAUAUUGAGUUUCAUGUCCUGGACAAGAGUGCUUCACGGAUCAAAGCAUGGAAAUCUGACCGCUUACCCAUCAGUGAGCCUGGACUAUUGGAUGUAGUUCGGAGGAUCCGAAGACGACCACAGCCCAACCUCUUCUUCUCCACCGACAUUGAUACUCUGAUUCCCACAGCCGACAUCAUCUUCAUCGCCGUCGAAACACCGUCGCAGUCAAAAGAUGACGGAGCCAACGGUGCCGGAAUUGCGCCCGACCUCAGGAACUUUAGAGCCGCGGUGCACCAGAUAGGGGCUCUCGUUCAAAAGAACACCAUUAUCGUCAACAAGAGCACUCUUCCCUGCGGCGCGGCUGAAAUGACGGCCCAGCUGCUCCAGUCACAACUACGCAACGGUGUGAGGUGCCAGGUUCUCUCCAACCCAGAGUUCCUGGCAGAGGGCACCGCGGUCCAGAAUCUACUCCAGCCAGACCGAGUCGUCAUAGGCUCCUCAUCAUCGCACGAGGGUCGAGCCGCCGCAGCCGCGCUGGGCGACAUCUACGCUCGGUGGGUGCCGCGGGAUCGCAUCGUGACCAUGAGCACCCGCUCCAGCGAACUGUCCAAACUGGCAGCCAAUAUGUUCCUAUCUCAGCGCAUCAGCAGCAUCAACGCCCUGAGCGUCAUAUGCGACAAGACCGGGGAAGACAUCACCGAGGUCGCGCGUGCUUGUGGCCUAGACCCGCGCAUCGGUCCCCACAUGAUUCGCGCGUCGGUCGGCUUUGGCGGAAGUUGCUUCAAGAAGGAUGUUCUUCAUCUCGUUCGUACUGCUGAAGACCUCGCUCUCGAUGAGGUGGCAUCGUACUUUGGCAACAUUGUCUCCUUGAACACCUACCAGACGGAGCGUUACGCAAAAAGCCUGCUCGAGCACCGUUCCAACGGCCAAGGGCUCAAGAUAGUGGCAAUACUAGGGUUCGCUUUCAAGCCCAAUACGGGUGACACGCGCGAGUCUCCCGCCAUCUCUUUUAUACGGUAUCUCCUUCUCAACGGCGUCUCCAUGAGAGUAUUUGACCCUCUAGUCGAAGAGUCUGGCAUCCUCGAUGCAGUACGGGCGUCUCUGCAGGGCUUAGCCUUCAUCACUGAUUCCCUCCUAGCCGUAUGCAAGGAUGUUUACGCAGCGUGCGAUGGUGCUAAUGCGGUAGCAAUACUGAACCCCUGGGAGGCAUUGCAAUACUAUGGAAAGCAGGGAAACACAGAAAAAGACGACUCUGAUAGAGUUCAAUGGGAUGAGAUUGCUCGCUCGAUGAACGCUCCGAGGGUUUUGUUUGACGGCCACAAUUUCAUCAACCCAAAGGUGGCUUCGAUUGGCUUUCAAUUGCAAGGCGUUGGUCGAAGGUCGCCAGUGCGUUCAGUAGAUGCUCGGCAAGAGGCCUCGCCCGGCUUUGCGCCACGGGCACUUCUCUAG